AUGUCAUCAGAUGAGCCAACCUGUCGUAAUCCUCUUGAACAAAACAGCACUGAUGAUUGUAUGAAUACGAAAAAGGCUGAUAUAACGGUAGAUGGCAAGUUCACAUCAAGCUCACGUGCUUCGAAUGAGAAAAAAAACGUGCCGUAUGGUCAAACAGUCAUUGGAAAUAUGAAUACCAAAACUUCGCCGACAACUGAAAAUAAUAUAAUUGGUUCACAGUCCAUUGUAUUUCCAGCAUCAAUUUGCCCUAAAGCAGCAGAAUAUAUAGCACAGGGUUACCAAGAAUUGCCGCUUAGAAAAAGAGAUGAUCAUCUCCUUUUUGCACGUCCUUAUGAUGAAGUAAGUAUGGACACAACAACGACGACGACAAAACCAGAAAGUGUAACGGGUGGAAAUAGAGGAACUGUCUGUCCCUAA